UCAGUUUAUCCUAACAGGUGUAACAUGAGUCUAGUUGCCAUGGGAGAUGGAUAUGAAUAUAACUCAAAGAUCAAAUUCUGGGAGAGUGUUAGAGGUUUUAAAAUGUCUUGUAUGAAAGAUGAAGUUUUACUUGAGCCAACAGUCAAACUGGUUGAUGAGUAUUGUCUCAUUUCAACAUCAGACGUCAUUAAGAAAUUUGAUAUAACGACAGUCAAAGCGAGUGAUCUUGAUUUCAAAUCAAGUUUCACGCUUACCAUAAAGCAAAAUGACACCUGCUAUGUGAGUCUAUCAAUGUAUUACAUGUACAUGUACAUAUCUGUAUUUAUCAAAUGCAUGUAG